GCCAGUCCCUGUGGCAGGAGCCCCGCAGGCCAUUGUGUCACACUUGGCCGCCAGGGGUUUUUUCCAGGUUUCUCCCCCGCAGGUGCCCUCAACACCAGACUGUGCCAUGGCGGGGGGAUGCUUCGGCCUGUGCCGGCUGCUCCGGAGGAACAGGAAGAACAGGAGAGGCCCUGGAGCUGGCCCAGCACAGGAAGCAGAGGAGGAGGUGCAGCACUUCCAGCCACUGCAGCAGGAUCCAGGCCGGGACCGCCCAGAAGAGCAGGACCGCGCCCGUGGCCGCAUGCGCAGGGCAGUUCAGAGGUUGCUGAAAUUCAUGGGACUUCGGCGCAGAACAGCCACGACCGCACCGCCCGAGCUCACGGCACAGCCUGACACCAGCGCAGCCGAGCUCGAGGUGGAGCCAGAUGUCAGCAUUGCACGGAGUGACUGUGCAGCCAGCACUGACACUGAUUGUGCAGUGCUGAUUGUGCACGGCAUUGACACGGCACCAACGGAUGUCGGGGCCAAGGCUGAUGCCACAACUGAGAGCAUCGCAGACACCGACUGCCUGCCCAUGGACAGUGUGACUGAUGCUCCCAGUCUGGACAUUUUGGAGGAGAAAACUGUCUCCAAUGUGAAUGAAGUGCCGACCAGUGUCAGCCCCAUCCACCAGUGGCUCACGUGCCAGGAGUCUCCAGAGGUCAGGCCGCCCAUUGCCAUCCGCAGACUGGCCCACGCACACCCUGGGCACGUGGUGACGACUCUCCUGCACUGUGCCCCAGCGUGCGACAGAGCUGCUGCAAUCCUGUGGAGGACCAUCGCCUCCUCGGCCACCACAGCGCACAAGGUGCUGCCAACGCUGCUCGGGGUGAUGGAGGACUGGCCACUGCACAGCGUGUCCACCUCCGACGGGGACCACGUGGACAUCUGUGCCCUGGCUGCCUUGGGCUGCAAAUGGGGCUGA